CGACGCUGCGGAUAUGAACUGAACAGAAGAGACGCGCACCGCCGUGCUCCUAUAUCCCGAAUAUCCACAGCACACCGCCCCCUUCCUCCUCCUCCUUGUCCUCUCCCAUAAACCCCCCUUUCUCUCCCCUUUACCCACAUUACGGCUAUACACACCCAAAGCCCCCCCACCGACGCCCCCCCUCCUCCUCCUCCUCCCCCUCCCACAUCCCCCCCAUUAAGAGAUGCACACGGAGAGCCGCCACAAGAAAAGGAGGAGCGGCGGCCAGAAGAAGAAGAAGAAGCCGUCGCCCGCCGCCCUGACGCAGGAGGCCGCGGCGCUCUCGCCGGCCAGGGAGGAGGAAGAGGAGGCGUCAGACAUGCCCUCGGUCCAGAUCAAAGCCGAGCCAGAGGAGAUGGAGUGCACGGCCGACGUUGGUGACGAACGUUCCCUGCCGACUAACCCCGACGCGAAGACGGACGCGUGGAGCUACAAGGCCGAGCCGUCCUCGCCGAGUCCGUGCUCGGCCGAGGACCAGACGGAACCGGUGGACCUGUCCCUCCACAAGCCUCGCUCGUCCUCGCUGCCCCCCGCCGCCGUCAACGUGCCCGUCAACCCCGCGCCGGGAAGCGGCCUGGCGCAGCCCGGACUCACGGCCACGCCCGUCACUUCAAACGUGCAGUCCAUAGGAUCCAUGGUUCUUUCGCCGGGCUCCAUUUUGGCCACGCAGGGCGCGGGCGGUCAGCAGAUCCUGCACGUCAUCCACACCAUCCCGUCGGUCAGCAUGCCCAGCAAGGUGGGCCAACUGCAGACCAUUCCCGUGGUGGUGCAGUCCUUACCUGUGGUCUACACCGCCGUGCCCGCGGACGGCGUCGCAACCGCGGCCAUCACCGUGCCCCUCAUCGGCAGCGACGGGCGAUCGGAAGGCUCGGUCCGCAUAAAGCCCGGCUCGACGUCUCCGGUGGAAUAUCACAGCGAAAGCGACGCCGAGAGCGGAACCGAGUCGGGAUCGGCGUCGCUCAGCGCCCAGAGCCUCGACACGGGGUCGGUGUUGGACUUGGAGCAGGUGGAUCCCGACUCCCCGGAUGUGAAGAGGCGGCGCAUCCACAUGUGCGACUACGAAGGCUGCAAAAAAGUUUACACCAAGAGCUCACACCUCAAAGCUCACCGACGGAUACACACAGGCGAAAAGCCGUACCACUGCACCUGGGAGGGCUGCACCUGGCGCUUCGCCCGCUCUGACGAGCUGACUCGGCACUUCCGCAAGCACACGGGCAUCAAGCCCUUCCGCUGCACCGAGUGCGACCGCUCCUUCUCGCGCUCCGACCACCUGUCCCUGCACCGCCGCCGCCACGUCAUGAUGUGAACUCUUUUCAGUUCUUUGGAUUUUAUUCGCAUUUUGAUUUUUUCUUUUUUUUCUUGCCUUCGAAACUUUGCUACUGCAGUUCUACAGCUCGUCUGCGGGAGCGUGAGGCAUUAAUGGAGGUUGAGGAUGUUUUUUUUUGUGUUUUUUUUCCCCCACUCAUCCGUCCAUCCUUCCAUCCCUACAAUCUUUUCCCCAAGCGGUGAAAUCCCACGUCUGGAUUUCUCCUCCUGAACUGGUCCUUCUUUGCUCGAGGGGGUGGCGUUUAGUUUCCAAGACCUGCAAGACGUGUCUCUUGGAUUUUUUUUUUAUCCCCGUUUUCUUUUUCGGACAGGAAUGCACAAUCCUUUUUAACGCAUCUGAGACGUGUUUUCUUCUUUGGGGCGUGGCGUUUAAUUUUUUUUAACGAUCUAAAAGUAGAAGCCCGGACAAGUUCAUUCUAAGACUUCAUCCCAUUUUUUAUUUAUUUUUUUUUGUUUUUAAAUAUGAGGACAUCCCAAACCGUUUAUUGCUUUUGUCCAUCUUUCACUGGAGCAUAGGAGAUAUAAAAAGUUGUUUUUUUUUUGGGUUGUAAAAUUAGACAAUUAGACAAAUUAUUAUUAUUAUUAUUUUUUUUUGCAAUUUCCUAACCCCUUUUAGAUCUUUCAUUGUCGAGCUGUAGCACACGAACAAAACAAAUUCGUCACGGAUUUCAACGCACUCGUCGAGCUUUUUCACCGCAGCACAGCUAAUAUAAGACCCGUUUCAUCAACAGGGCGCGGCAUUUAAUUUUUAAAAUCUAAACGUAGAACUCGAGACAACCAAAUUCUUCGACUUCCUUUUAUUGCUGUUUACGAGGCUGUCUCGCUGCACCACCGGUCACGGGAGACGUUCAUAUCCUCCGCGGGGCGCGGCGUUUAUUUAUUUUUUUUUCCACACGGCUCCAUUUUCUUGCACUUUCGGAACGGAGCUUCCCGACCACGUCGACUUUUUAAAUUCAGCAAAAAAUCGAUGUAACCCAUGUUUUUCAUCUUUGGGGCACGGCGUUUCGUUUAGACUUUCGGACAAGUUAGAUUCCAUUUUUUUUUUUUUUUUUUUUUUUUUUUUUAGCAAUUCCCAAGCCUGUUAGCGGAUUUUUCUCCGGGUGAGGCAAUGUGUGCAACGUUUCAUCUUCGGGGUCCGGCGUUUAAUUUCGCAAUCUCGAAGUAGAAGUCUGAACACCCCCGCUCUCUAUUCGAGAACUGUGAACUUUUUAAAGAAGCGCCACGUCACCUUCGUUUUUUUUGCAUAUCGUCCUCCCGACCACACUUUAUUAUCAUAAAAACAGUAUUUACGUUUUAUUGUUCGGUUCUGUGGUUGUUCUCCCUCCCUUGUGACAGAUAUAGUCUUUUUUUUUUAACAAUUUCCAAUGUUUGGUCACCUUUCAAACGCUGUGAAGACGUCGUCGGAGAAUGAUCUCGGUAGGAAAUACGGGGAGCUUUUUCCGACCUUUUCCGUGCGGUGCCGCAUGUUUUUUUUCUUUCGCGUGUUUGUGCGUCUGCAUGUUUUGCAACAAACACGUCUUAGAAUUUAGAAUUAUUUUUUUUUAGUGUGAUUUAAAGAGUGCGUGUUCUGGGCACCUGGACCUUUUGCCCGUCGAGCCUUAAGAACUGAAGUCGACCCAAGUGGGGAAAAAAAAGACGAAAACUAGAAACCGCCGGUAGCCAGUUUGUCGGAGAAUCCGACGUUUGUUUGCAACGAAUCGUACGAAUUUCCGUUUCUCCAGUUUUAUUGAACACAGCAUAAGCCUGCAUUGUGAAUUCCCAGAUAAAUGAUUUUCUUAUUAAUAACGAUAAACGAGAAGACAGCAGCAUCUUUGAUGGAGAUUUUCCCGGUGGGCUGCAUUUGAGAAAACUGGCAAAUUUCCCGCUUUCCUUGAACUCCUCAGCUGGGAAAACACUUUGGACUGCAGGUUUAUUCUACUCCUGACUCUCAUAUUAAAUAACAAAUAAAAUGCAAACAUUUAUUUCAGCAGCGACCUUCACAUCCGUCUGAAACCUCGGAUACGAGAGCGUGACUACGUUUUAUUGGUAGAAUGAGGCAAAAAAAAAAAAAAUAUCUAUUGUUCUUCACGACUUAUGACCGAUUCUCGUUCGGAGAGAAUUUUGUUUGUGCAUUUCUCGCCUUUUUUUUCUUUUUUUUUUUUUUUUUUUUGCUUCGUCUAAAUACAAAAACAGAAAAAGCACAUCUUUCUAGAGAAGUUUAUGCAUCCUUUUGUAAACAUUAAGGACAAUGACAAAAAAAGAGUUAAAAUAAAGAAUCCAUGUACAUAAAUGUAUAUAAUCAAAAAGUAAAUGUAACGGGUGAAGUUCUAUUUUUAACACUGACUAGAUAAUGUGAACCGCCUCCCCUCCUUCCCUUUUCUUCUACUUUCUUGGUUUUUCUUAUUUUUACACAUUUUUUUGUAGUUUCUUACAAAUAAUAAUAAUGAUGAUAAUAAUAAUAAUAAUAAUAAUAAUAUUGGUCCCACUUGUGUUGUGGUUACUUGUGUUGCAUGGAGAGUCGCCCUCUUGUUUUCCCGAUAGUGACGUUGAUGAGCAUGUCGCUGUGCACGUGUGUGUGCAAAACAUUCGACUUUUACAGAGAUAAAAUGUCUUUUGAGUUUUAUGUCAUCCAUUCCGCACAAAGUCCCGUGUUGACAACGAUGUUGGUUUGAGCGACGAUGACGAGCUAGCACUUAGCAUUUUGACGAUUUGUGUACCGACUUCUCAAAAUUUUUUUUCCAUAUUUUAUAAAAAAAAAACAAAAAACACAUUUGAACAAUUGACUACGUGUUGUGUGAUAUGUUAGUGAUUCAUCGCUCUCCAAAAAGGGAAGUGACAUCAGAUUAUUUUGUAUCGAAUAAGGUUGACUCGUGUUGUGCUCAAGUGACAUAUCUCAAUAAAGCUAACCAUGCGAGCUAGCCUAGCUUCAGCUCAUUUUGAGUUCGACAGUCGGCAAUUUGACGACUUUGGGGAUCAACGUCACAUUUUUUCGACAACACUUUUCACAUUUUAACACAAAACUAAAACGCGCACGCUACAUGCAAACAUGUGAGCAUGAAGCGCUUCAUUAGCCACGUUUGUGGAUGCCAUAUGCUAGCAACAACCACUAAUUUCUAUCAUUUUUUUUGUUUAUGUUGAAAAGCUAAUGAUUUGGAUUAAUUUUGAUCAGAUUUAAAAAAAAAUUUCACCACCUAGCGUGCGUGCCAAUGUUUGAAAUCGUGCACACAUGUUGCUACAAUUGUGUUGCUAGCAAAAGGCCCCAGACAGUCACAGUUUAGCCAUACAUGCUAAACUAUCUUUGUUGAUAAUUUAAUCAAUUUAAAGUAAAAUAGUAUAUAUGUUGUAACCGCCGAAGCACAAAUGGGUCACCACAUUAGCAUAAAAAAAACAAACAAAAAAAACAAUUCUUUUUAGCUUAUGUUAGUGAUAAUUUUCAAUUUUUGGAUGUUUUUCGUGAGCUUGUUUAGCUUGCCUAACUUAUUCUGUAUGUUGAAAAAUAUAUGUAUUAAAAAAAAAAGUUUAACGCCCGCUUUUGGGUCCCAAUUGCGGAUGAGUGCCUCCUAACUCGCCACCAAAAGCCACUUUUAUCUUCUAUUUUUUUUUUCCUCCCUGUUGAAUGCAGUAACCUUUUGUGGGCCAGUACUCUAUUUACUCAGUGCAAUGCAGUUAUUAUGGUUAUAAUGAUUAUAACAUUUAUAAUUUUUCUUUUGUAUUUGUGUACAGAACAAAAAGUUGUAAAGAUGGGCGAGGAAGGAAAAAAAAAGAGAAUGAGCUUUUUGAUACUGUGACUUUACUCUGGUGUUUAAAAGUCCUUUGUUUUUCCUCUUCCGUAUACUUGUGAUGAUUACUUCUCAUCCUCCCUUAUUCUUCUUUUAUAGAAUAAACUUGU